UGAGGCAGAAGCAGAAGCAACAGAUAAGUGGUUGAGUGAACUGCAAGAUGGAUAGGGUUUGCAGUGCCCCCAGCAGUGCUGAUACCAAAUGCCUUUAAGAUACAGCCUUUCCCAUCCUAAUCUACAAAGGAAACAGGAAAAAGGAACUUAAAACUCCCUGUGCUCAGACAGAAAUGAGACUGUUACCGCCUGCUUCUGUGCUGUUCCUUCUUGCCUCCAACUUGUAAACAAGAGUGAGUAGAACAUGCGGAUGGAAAGUCACAAGGCUCUGGGUUUUUGAGAGGCUCCCGGGGACUCAUGCACAUCUGUGGGCGCUGGAUGGCGAGAUCUGGGGCAGCAUGGACUCUUUAGCCGGCUUGCUUCUCUACGGAGUCAGCUUGCUCCUUUCUGGAACAGUGGAAGCUGCCAUGGAUCUGAUCUUAAUCAAUUCCCUACCUCUUGUGUCUGAUGCUGAAACCUCCCUCACCUGCAUUGCUUCUGGAUGGCACCCCAAUGAGCCCAUCACCAUAGGAAGGGACUUUGAAGCCUUGAUGACCCAGCACCAAGAUCCACUGGAAGUGACUCAAGAUGUGACCAGAGAAUGGGCCAAAAAAGUGGUGUGGAAGAGAGAAAAGGCUAGUAAGAUCAAUGGUGCUUAUUUCUGUGAAGGGCGUGUUCGAGGACAGGCAAUAAGGAUAAGAACCAUGAAGAUGCGUCAACAAGCUUCCUUCCUACCAGCUACCUUAACUAUGACUGUGGACAAGGGAGAUAAUGUGAACAUAUCUUUCAAAAAAGUGUUAAUGAAAGAAGAAGAUGCAGUGAUUUAUAAAAAUGGUUCCUUCAUCCACUCAGUGCCCCGGCAUGAAGUACCUGAUAUUUUAGAGGUACAUCUGCCUCAUGCUCAGCCCCAGGAUGCCGGUGUGUACUCGGCCAGGUACAUAGGAGGAAACCUCUUCACCUCGGCCUUCACCAGGCUCAUAGUCCGGAGAUGUGAAGCGCAGAAGUGGGGUCCCAACUGUAACCGUCCCUGCACUGCUUGUAUGAACAAUGGUGUCUGCCAUGAAGAUACCGGGGAAUGUGUUUGCCCUCCUGGCUUUAUGGGAAGGACAUGUGAGAAAGCUUGUGAACCACACACAUUUGGCAGGACUUGUAAAGAGAAGUGUAAUGGACCAGAGGGAUGCAAGUCCUAUGUGUUCUGUCUCCCAGACCCAUAUGGGUGCUCCUGUGCCACAGGCUGGAGGGGGCUGCAGUGCAAUGAAGCAUGUCACCCUGGUUACUACGGACCAGAUUGUAAGCUGAGAUGCCGCUGCACCAAUGGGGAGAUGUGUGAUCGAUUCCAAGGCUGUCUCUGCUCUCAAGGAUGGCAAGGACUGCAGUGUGAGAGAGAAGGCAGGCCCAGGCAGACACCACAGAUAGAGGAUUUGCCAGAUCACAUUGAAGUAAACAGUGGAAAAUUUAACCCCAUCUGCAAAGCCUCUGGCUGGCCGCUACCUGCUAAUGAAGAAAUGACCCUGGUGAAGCCAGAUGGGACAGUGCUCCAACCGAAUGACUUGAACCAGACUGAUCGCUUCUCAGUGGCCACAUUCACCAUCCACCGAAUCCUCCCCCCUGACUCAGGAGUUUGGGUAUGCAGUGUGAACACCGUGGCUGGGAUGGUGGAAAAGCCUUUCAAUAUUUCUGUGAAAGUUCUUCCAAAGCCUCUGCAUGCCCCAAAUGUGAUUGACACCGGACAUAACUUUGCUGUCAUCAACAUCAGCUCUGAGCCUUACUUUGGGGAUGGACCAAUCAAAUCCAAGAAGCUUCUGUAUAAACCUGUUAAUCAUUAUGAAGCAUGGAGACACAUUCAAGUGACAAAUGAGAUUGUCACACUCAACUAUUUGGAACCUCGGACAGAAUAUGAGCUCUGUGUGCAGCUGGUGCGUCGUGGAGAGGGUGGAGAAGGGCAUCCUGGACCCGUGAGGCGUUUCACAACAGCUUCUAUCGGACUACCCCCUCCAAGAGGUCUCAGUCUCCUACCAAAAAGCCAGACCACACUAAAUUUGACCUGGCAACCUAUAUUCCCAAGCUCAGAAGAUGAAUUUUAUGUGGAAGUGGAGAGGAGGUCUGUGCAAAUAAAAAGCGAUCAGCAGAACAUCAAAGUUCCAGGCAACCUGACCUCAGUGCUACUUAACAACUUACUCCCCAGGGAGCAGUACGUUGUCCGGGCCAGAGUCAACACCAAGGCCCAGGGGGAAUGGAGUGAAGAUCUUACCGCCUGGACUCUUAGUGACAUUCUUCCUCCUCAACCGGAAAACAUCAUGAUCUCUAACAUUACAGACUCCUCAGCUGUGGUUUCUUGGAUGAUAGUGGAUGGAUAUUCUAUUUCUUCCAUUAUCAUCCGCUACAAGGUUCAAGGCAAGAAUGAAGACCAGCACAUUGAUGUGAAGAUCAAAAACGCCACCAUUACUCAGUAUCAGCUCAAGGGCCUUGAGCCCGAGACAUCUUACCAGGUGGAGAUUUUUGCUGAGAACAACAUAGGGGCAAGCAACCCACCCUUUUCGCAUGAGUUGAUCACCCUCCCUCAAUUGCAAGCAUCAGCAGACCUAGGAGGAGGGAAGAUGCUGCUCAUAGCCAUCCUUGGUUCAGCUGGAAUGACGUGCCUCACAGUGCUAUUGGCAUUUCUGAUCAUGUUGCAACUGAAGAGAGCAAAUGUCCAAAGGAGAAUGGACCAGGCCUUCCAGAAUGUGAGGGAAGAACCAGCUGUGCAGUUCAACUCAGGAACUCUGGCCCUGAACAGGAAGGCCAAAAACAACCCGGAUCCCACAAUUUAUCCAGUGCUUGACUGGAAUGACAUCAAGUUUCAAGAUGUGAUUGGGGAGGGCAACUUUGGCCAGGUCCUGAAGGCACGCAUCAAGAAGGAUGGGUUAAGGAUGGACGCUGCCAUCAAGAGGAUGAAAGAAUAUGCUUCCAAAGACGAUCAUAGGGACUUUGCUGGAGAACUAGAGGUUCUUUGUAAACUUGGACACCAUCCAAAUAUCAUCAAUCUUUUGGGAGCAUGUGAACAUCGAGGCUACUUGUACCUGGCCAUCGAGUAUGCCCCCCACGGAAACCUGCUGGACUUCCUGCGCAAGAGCCGCGUGCUGGAGACGGACCCUGCAUUCGCCAUCGCCAACAGCACGGCCUCCACGCUGUCCUCCCAGCAGCUUCUUCACUUCGCCGCAGAUGUGGCCCGGGGCAUGGACUACCUGAGCCAAAAGCAGUUUAUCCACAGAGACCUGGCUGCCAGAAACAUUUUAGUUGGUGAAAACUAUAUAGCCAAAAUAGCAGAUUUUGGACUGUCACGAGGUCAAGAAGUUUAUGUGAAAAAAACAAUGGGAAGGCUCCCUGUGCGCUGGAUGGCCAUUGAGUCCCUGAACUACAGUGUAUAUACAACCAACAGUGAUGUAUGGUCCUAUGGUGUGUUGCUCUGGGAGAUUGUUAGCUUAGGUGGCACCCCUUACUGUGGGAUGACAUGCGCAGAGCUUUAUGAGAAGCUGCCCCAGGGCUACAGGCUGGAAAAGCCCCUCAACUGUGAUGAUGAGGUGUAUGAUCUAAUGAGACAAUGCUGGCGGGAGAAGCCUUAUGAGAGGCCAUCAUUUGCCCAGAUAUUGGUGUCCUUAAACAGGAUGCUAGAAGAACGAAAGACCUACGUGAAUACCACACUAUAUGAGAAGUUUACCUACGCGGGAAUUGACUGCUCAGCUGAAGAAGCAGCCUAGGCCACAGCGCCGACAAGGAAGUACUGUUUCUCUCCACUGGCACCACAGAGCCUUGAUACCAGCACUAAGCAACAAGCCUCAGUCAAGAGCUGUGAUACGCACGUGUAUAUAUGUUUCUAUAUGUCUGGGACCUUCAACACAAAACCCAUGUGGAUCUGUAGUAUGUUUGGACUCCAAUAUGACUGUAUAUACUGUUUUGAGUCCUGAAGUCAGAAUGGCUAUUUGUAGUUUCAUAUAAUAUAUUUUUCUAAAAAUAUAGACUUCAUAGGAGGCAUGAGUACUGUUACUGUAAUGCAUCACUUGUUAUUGUCCUAGAUAUUUUUGGUAUUUACCUUGAUAAUUGAAUGCUAUAAAAUGUUGCCAUGUAGAUGUAAAAUACUGUUAAUAAUCCUAACAUUUCCCUUGAUAGCACAGGUCAGAAAAGUGAGGGACAUGCAUAAGUUCUAAUAGAAAAUGGGUUACUAUUUAAGAAGCUGAAAGAGACAAAGAAGUUCUCUCAGUGUGUCCUUCACCUGUAGAAGUCAGUUCAAUUUCAAUUGUUCAUAUGAAACUUUGCCUUGUGUUUCUAUAGUGCACAAGUCAUUCAAGAAUGUUAACAUCUGAAAAAAAAACUCUUAGAAAACUAAGAAUGUAUAGAGAAGUAUAAAGUCAAUAAAUAAAUUCAUGGGAUUUAUUUUUAUUUUC